CGCGGAGCCUCGGAGUUCUCCCGCCCCCAGAGGUCAGAGGUCACGGGGCCGCGAAGGAGAAGCUUUGCGUCGCGGCUUCCCAGUCCUAGGCAGAUGGCGCCGGCGCAGCGUUGUCCUCUUUGCCGCCAGACUUUCUUCUGCGGUCGCGGGCACGUCUACAGUCGCAAGCACCAGCGGCAGCUGAAGGUGGCUUUGGAGCGGCUCCUGCCGCAGGUGGAGGCCGCCCGCAAGGCAGUCCGCGCCGCUCAGGUGGAGCGUUACGUGCCCGAGCACGAACGAUGGUGCUGGUGCCUGUGCUGCGGCUGUGAGGUGCGGAAACACCUGAGCCAUGGAAACCUGACCGUUCUGCACGGGGGGCUGCUGGAGCAUCUGGCCAGUCCAGAGCACAAGAAAGCAACCAACAAAUUCUGGUGGGAAAACAAGGCUGAGUUCCAGAUGAAAGAGAAGUUUUUGAUCUCCCCCCAGGACUUUGCACGAUUCAAGAAAUCCAUGGUGAAAAGUCUGGAUUCCUAUGAGGAAAAAGAAGAUGAAGUGAUUAAAGAGAUGGCAGCUCAGAUCCGAGAGGUGGAGCAAAGCCGGCAGGAGAUGGUUCGGUCUGUCUUAGAGCCUCAGACAGUGCCAGACCCAGAAGAGGGCUCUUCAGCACCUGGAAGCCGGAAAGGGACAAACAGCCAAGUAGCCUCCACCUCACAGCAGCCCUCAUACUUGGACCUGCCACCAGCCCCCGAGCUUGACUGGAUGGAGACAGGACAGCCUCUGACAUUCAUUGGCCAUCAGGCUUUUCCCUCUUGCUGCCCUAUUCCACAGCAUCAUGUGCUCAUUCCUCAGCCUCCAUGGUAUCCACACGACCCCCGCUGUCACUUAGGAGCGCCAACUCCCAAAUCAUCCCGUGCAGAAUCCAGUUCCAGCUCAAAACAGGGACACUUACAGAUACCCACAGGCACCUAACCCCCACCACUCCUUUUUAGUAAUUGUAGACAGAUUAUCACCUUUUUUUCAUCUCUCACAUUCCCUUAAUGAGUAUGCCCACCUCCUUUUUUUAUCUCUCAGAUUUGCUCAGUGAGUAUGCCUUGUCUCCUGAAUUUGGCCUCUAUUUCACCUUGGAACAAUCUCUACUCCUCCUGCAAUCUUGUGCCAAACACGAGAAAUAACCUCAUCACCUGCUAUCUUACAUCCUAUCCUCCAGCCUCCUGCUAUGCUCUUUACUUUUGAACAUGUAAUUGCUAUUUUUUUUAAACUGAGGGAUAAUUGCUUUACAAUAUGUGUUGGUUCCUGCCAUACGUUGAGUCAGCCAUAACUAUGUCCCCUCCCUUUUAACUUUGCUCCCACCGUCUUAAAUGACAUGUCUUCCUUCCCUCCUCUACUUACCCAUACCUUCCCCUUCAGCUGUCCCUUUUUCAUGGAAAACUUAUAAAUGUAUGUCAUACCAUGUAAAAA